CGAACCCCGGCCACGAAUUUAGAUUCGGUUUCGGAUUCGGGUCAGUGCACUUUUGUUGCCCGAUGCAGUACGAGUAACAACGUGUUUUGCCAAUAGUUUGCUGAAGAAAUGGAUGAAACAAUGGGCGACGGUAAACGCUUCCUAGAGGGUUUAAUCCUCCGAGCAGAGGACGUGCUGGGUAAAAUGAUUUACAAGAUCCACAAAACCGAAGUACCGCUGGAGGAAAUGGUUUCCUGGAUCAAUUCGGUGUACGCGUUCGUGAACGCUUGGGAGGCACCUCUGCAGGACAUAAAGAUUGACCAACUGAAGUUGGACGCAGCUGCCUCGUUCAAUUGCAGCAGCACCCGUUCCACCGAAGAUGCUCUGACCGAGGAAGUGAACCACCGGCUUGAUGGUAGCGAUCGAAAAGUAUUGCGGGAUGAUAACGACAGAGAAUCGGCGUCUCCUGCCGGUAGUAAUAUACAGCAGCAGCAACAGCAGAAGCGUACGCAACCUGGCUUACGACGUCCGGACGAGGACGGGCCAGUGUUCGAGUUUCUCGAACGAUCGCUGAAAGACUACUCAGCUGGCCAAACGGGGAUCUGCUUCAUCACGAAUGUACUGCCCAGUGGCGAUCUGUUCGAUAUGCUAAACCGAACUGCUAGCGAUAGCCAGAAAGCGGACCAGAUGCUGGAAACUUUGCAGAACGUAACCGUCCAUCUGCUGGAGCUGCCCUCCCGGACAGGGACCGUCUUCGCAGUGGAACUAGACGGAGAACUGUUUCGAGCAGUGCACAGCGUGCUCCCGUCGUCGGGUAUGGUGUUUCUAAAGUUGCUAGAUACCGGCGAAUCCCUACCUUACGCUAAUUCUAUGGUGCUGUUUGAGUUACCGCAAUACUACCAAAAGUUCCGUCCACUGGCCAUCCGAUGCCGUUUCGUCGGAAAGAAUGGCAAAAAGUUACCCAAAAACAUUCCCCAGUAUCUGCGAGACAAUAUGUACACUAAUAUGAGGUACGAAAUUUGUGAAGUAAAUAAAACUCUUCUGCACGUUAGCUUGGAAGCUGCCGGACGUUUGCCUGUGAGGCAAACAACGCGGCAGAACGAACAGGUGCAAGCCAUUCCGGAGUACACGAUUUCGGAGAAGACCCUAACGGCGGAAGAGCGUGCGAUCUUGUUCGAGGACACGGAAACUACGACCAACGCCAUGAAGGCAACGAUGGGAUUCGUUCCGCAGGACGAUCGGCGUAUCUGUCCUCACUACGAUCCGAAGAUCGAGGGCUGCUUCAAGGGCGCCGGCUGUCGGCUGCAGCACGUCGCCAAAGACCCGGACGGGUGGACGCGCGAUCGUGAGCCCCACAAAGGUAAAAUUCGCGCGCUGCUGCUCGAACCGCCGAUCGGAUCGGAACACGCGAUGGUUCCGACGGCAAUCGUCAGCGUGCAGGAGUUCUACGGUCAGCUGCUGCGGCCGGAAAAUGUGGCUGCGCUGACCCAACUGCAGGCCCAGCUGAACGAUCCGAAGCUGGUGCGCAGCUAUCGGCCGAUGGAUCAUAAGCCUUAUACCAGAGAGUACGUUCUAGCACUGUAUCAAGGCAGCUGGUAUCGGGCCGAGGUGAUCGAGUAUUAUGAUGAUCAUCAGAUCGAUGUGUUCUAUGUGGAUUAUGGAAACUAUGAGAGGAUUGAGAUUAAUGACUUACGCCUGUGGGAUGAUCGGUUCGAUUAUUUACCACUGCAGGCCAUACACUGUCGGCUGGCCAAUGUUAGGUCGAAAGGAAUUGAAUCAGAGGAUGCCGAAGCCACCAGAGUACUUGAACAAGCAAUAUCGGAUAGGCCGGUGGUGGUGAGAGUACUCGACAUUCGUGCCUAUUGGGAAGUGCUUGUUUUUGUCGAGAAAGGAGUAGACAUGGGUCAGAUGCUGGUUAUCAAAGACUUAGCUCUGCCACGGCAGCCUCUUAUUAUUAGUGAUAAAAAUGGCUUUGUGCCAGCGUAAUGAAUCUCUAUGUCUCUGUGCGAUAUUUUGCACAAAGCUGGCGUUAGCGGAGUUAUUUUAUAACAACCAGAAGAUAAAUUAUACAAAAACUGCCAACCGGAUACUGGACGAAAAUAGCAAUUAUCAUUGUGACUCAAGAAUAAUGUAACAAAUAUGUUAAAUAGUGGCGUGAGUUGGAGCAAAUGUUUUUGCUGUGUUUCUCACGAAAACUAGGAAAACGUCAGCAAAUGUGAAUAAUUUUUGACAUUUGAAUCGGUUGCUGCGAUCGAAAUCCGCACUGAAGAUAGUUCAUUACAUGUUUCAACCCUGGCUGUCCCAUGUUAGCCCAGGCGAUCCAGAACUUCCAAUACUUACCUAUAGCGUUUUUGUUUUUUUAACCUGGGUUAGUUCCAACCUGAGGAAUUAAUAAAAAAAAAAACAGUUUCGGGUUGAAACUGUAAAAAACACCCAGCUGGAACCCGUCGUCUAAAAAGUUCAACCCAGAGCGAAACCAAGUUCAACCAGAGUGAAAAAUAAACGUUUUGACAGCCGUUUGAUUGAAACUAUACAGCGAACCUGGAUUGGACCUGAGUAAAAACAAAAAUUGCGCGUAAAUCAGCAGAUCACAUAUUUUAGGCAUUUGAAUAUGGAUAUUUCUGUUUCAGAACGUCAGCCCUAUCAGUCUUGGGCCUAUUAUGUAGGCUUGUUUGCCUUCCAAGCCGCGGGAAACCGUGGCUAACUACUUUCCUGCUGACCUUAACACUACAUAUAAAGUUUUUUUUUUACCAAUAAUGGACUUAAGCUUGUACUGCUUUCUUCUUUGAAUAUUAGUCCUGGAAUAGAAGGAGGUAAACUAAGCACACAUUUUAGUUUGUAAAAUAUUUGCUGCAUUCGACAACUAAAACCUUAAUUUCAAACUUUUUAUGGAAGUGAGGGUCCAUUUUACGGUUGACAACAGAAGCAAAUGAUACUGUUAGAGGACCCUCUUCAUGCAAAAUAGAAAGGAAUACCUAUAAUGCACCCGUUUUUUACCCGUCAAAGUUCCAAACAGUGAGCUUAGCUCCGACCGCGCCUAACUCUACAUUGCGUUCAUUUAGGAAUUAACCAUUUGUAUUAUUAAUUAGAAUUAUGCCCCAAGUUCUAUGGAAUAAAAAACAAAUGAAUCCAAUAAGUUUUUCCAGUUGAAAACUAGGUCUAGAUAGAAUAUACGAAUUCAGGAGUAGACAAAAUGCGGUCCUAAUUGUUGUCCGUUUUGUAAACCCAAAGAAAUGCCGAAUUAAUAUUAAUUUAAAAAUAACGGACAAUGUUAAACCUUUAGUAAUUUCGUUUAUAAACCAGUUUAAAUCUACGUGUUGACAAAUAGGAGCAAUUGAAUAAACCAUGUCUAACCCCUUCUCUGUCCAAUGGUAGCACAGGCGAUCAACGACUUCCAAUACUAAAAUUAGUCGAUAAAAUCAGUCGAUCAAUCAGGCUUUCAGAUUACCCAAAAACUGGGAACCACCCAAAUAGCCUUGAUACAGAGAGGGCGUUAAUAGAUGCUGGUUAGAUUUUAGAUAGUACUGCAAUACAAACAGAGAGAAGACUUGUGAACGAACAAUGUGCGGAUUCCGUACAGCUAUUUAUUGUCGAUUAUACAAUCAGUAUCUCGACCAAAAUUUGUGGUAGAUGUGUACUACCGGUGGAAGCGUACCUGCCCCAUGUUACAUUUUGUCAUUUCGGGUAUUUUGUUAUCUAACAAUGUUGUUUAUACCAGAAAAACCUUGAACGAAUUUGAAGACAAUUCGUCCCACUGGAAAAAUAGACGCAUAUUUGUCUCACUACAUAUAUCAUUUCGUAUAAAAUGUUUUCAAGUUGUGUACAAAAUUGUUAAAAGUUCUUCAACAUUUUCUCAAAGGGCGACAAAUAAUAUCAAAACUAAAUAAUUUUAGAAAAAUCAGUUUUUCAGCUUUAAGUGCGGUUUUCUAAUUUUCGUGUUUUGUAACAUGGGACAAAUAUGCUGCCAGCGACAGUGUAGCUUAGUUUAAUGCCAUGUUAGAUUCUGUAAAUUUUGUUGAAUGCUUAUAUUGUAAAAA